AUGGAUAGGAGUUGGAUGCCUAUUAAGAACUACCUAGACCCCAAGUAUUUAGAUAGAGUUGAUGAAUUUAUUAAGUUUGCUUUUCUAGGCAAGGAUCCUAAUUGUAAACUGCCAUGUCCUUGCAAAGUAUGCAAUAAUUUUGAGGAUCAAACUAAGGAAGUCAUGGCCAAUCACUUGUGUCGAGGAAUUGUUGAUAGUUAUACUAGGUGGAUAUAUCAUGGCGAAGGGUUUGAAUCUGAUGAUGAGAAUGAUGACAUAGAAAUAAAUGACAACGAUAGUGACUUUGACAGUAUGGAGGAGCUGUUAAAUGAUGUAGGAGUUGCUAACUUUGGUGAGAGUUGGAGACAUUCACCGGAACUUGAUACGGGUGCUUGUACCGAGAAAGAAGGAGAAGCAAGUAGGUUUCUCAGAUUAUUAUCGGAGGCUGAAAAAUCUCUAUACCCGGGCUGUGAAAAGUAUUCAAAACUCUCGUUUAUUGUCCAUAUCCUCCACUUGAAAACAAUGAAUCGGUGGACUUGUAAAUCUACUGAUAUGUUGCUGAAGUUCUUGCAUCAAGUAUUUCCUACAGCUUUGAUUCCCAGUUCAUAUUACGAGGCAAAAAAUUUCAUCCGUGAGUUGGGGCUGAAGUGUGAAAAGAUCCACGCCUGUGAAAAUGAUUGCGCACUUUUUUGGAAUGAAAAUAAAGGCCUUGAUCAUUGUCCAAAUGAAAAAUGUAAAGCACCGCGGUAUAAAUCUCCAAAUUCCAAAAUACCUAGAAAGGUGUUGCGUUAUUUUCCAUUAAAACCAAGGCUGCAAAGACUGUUUGUGAACAAAGAGAUUGCUCGGGAUAUGAGGUGGCAUAAGGAGAGACGUGUAGAUAAUGAGAACAUGAUGCGACACCCUGCUGAUUCAUUAGCUUGGAAGGAUUUUGAUAGAAAUCACAAGUCCUUCGCUGAAGAUCCUAGAAAUGUGAGGCUAGGACUUGCUAGUGAUGGCUUUAAUCCCUUUGGAACCAUGAGCAAUUCAUACAGUAUAUGGCCUGUUAUCCUUGUUCCUUACAAUCUACCUCCUUGGAAAUGCUUAAAAGAUCCAUUUUUUUUCCUAUCAAUGAUUAUUCCUGGUCCCAAAGCACCUGGAAAUGACAUUGACAUAUUCUUUAGACCACUAGUUGAUGAGUUAAAAGAGUUAUUUGCCACUGGUGUGGAGACAUAUGAUGCCUUCAGGGAGGAGAAGUUCAUGUUACGUGCAGCACUUUUGUGGACAAUAAACGAUUUUCCAGCAUAUGGCUAUUUGUCGGGAUGGAGUACAAAAGGGUACAAGGCAUGUCCUGUGUGCUUAGAUGAGACGACUAGUCUAUAUCUUAAUAAUGGUCACAAAUGUUGUUACAUGGGCCAUCGCCGUUUUCUGCCUAUUGAUCAUAAAUGA